GAUAGAUUGCUGGAGGUAGGCAGGGAAUCAUUUUUCUCAUGUUUGUAAUCUUUGUUCUUAAUUUCUUAUUCGCUGACUGUGAGAUAUACAACCCAGCAUGUGAAACAUUGUUGACUGAAUCUAAAUCACACAUUUACUUUAUAUUGGCUGUAAGAAUAUCACUAUAAAACCCAUACUGCUUCCUUCCUGCUGGUGUUCCUCUUGUGACCAGUGGAGGGCAUCAUAAGACCAGUAGAGACUUCCUUCAGUGAUAAAGCCACUGAGGCUGAUGAAUAGAAAGCGAAUACAAACAAACAAACAAAUAAAUAUAAAAAAAAUAGUUCUUUAGUUCAGAUUCAAGCUGAUUGGAAAAAAAUCCUUCAAUCAGUGGCUGUAGUGGCUGUGGCUAUUUUUAGAGAACUUGUGCUGCUCCCCCACCUCUGACCUCCUACUUUCACUGGCCCCUGAAAGUAUAAUGUGACCACGGUCCAUCCAGGUCAAUGGCAUCAGCAUGCAGGGGGCGACCCACCACGAAGCGGUCAGUGCCCUCAGGAAUGCUGGGAGCUGCAUCAAGAUGAAAGUCCUCAGAGAAAGGCUGCUACCCCAAGAGGUGUGUGACAUGAACACGCCUCAGGCUCCUCAGGACGUGACGGGAAGACAGCUGUGCAGCCAGGAUGGCGGAGUCCAGAGAAGCAAACAGCCGAUGAUUGAGACCGCAGAAGACUGUUUGUCCAAGAAGAUUGAGGCGGUCGUCUGUAACGGCAACGGCAUUCCUGAUUUAGAGAGUGACCUCAAUAGGACCUUGUCUGAACUGGAGGCAGAGGCUUUGAUGAAAAAUGAUUCACUUCAAGGGGGGAAACAUACAAUGACAAUCCCUCGGAUCAUCCUCACUCAUCCCUCUACCUCAGAUGAAGAUGUGGAGCUUUUGACACAGAGCCCCAGCAGAGAGCCGCUACAUGACUUUGACAUUCCUGACAGACGUGCCUGUUUCGACAGUGCUUUCUACCCACCUUGACCGCAGCAUAGAGAUACAUGCAGACUGUUAUUAGCCAACCCUUGGUAUUUUUUUGUACUGAUGCAUUUUCAUUGAUGUUACUGUGCAGGGUUAGCGCGGGGGAAAAAACUGCUGGAAUGUGUUUUUUACCGUCACUGCAAAGCUUUUUUUGGUCUGUCAGAUUCAAUUGCUGCUAGUAUUUCGGGAUAUUAAAGUCACUUGCAAAAAUGACAACUUUAUUUUUAUUCCUAAAACCACAGUUUUGCCUGUGAAACUACACUGAACAGAGACUGUAACGCAUGAACAGGCUGCUGUCCAAAUGAAAUACAUUUCAUAAUGUUAAAUACAGUAAAUUAAACAAUGAAUGCUGCUGGCUACCUCUACUACACAUCACUGUACUGUAAGUUAUGGAUGUGCUGGUAAAUAGAGUCCCCGUCCAUGACAAUGUGAAGCCCUCAAACUUUUUAUAGCCUGUACCGAGAUAAAAUGCCACAUGGCUGAACAGAGUGCUCAGCAGGAAGUCCGAGUCCUGCUGAGUCCUGAGACUGACUGAACUUUGCUUCACAUGUUCACACACCUCUUGUAUAAGCUAAAUUCAGACUUGUGAGAUUAUACACUGCUUUAUGAAAAGGAAAAAAAGACCAGACAUCACGCUGGAAUAAUUUAUAAUCUUGCUUCCAAAGCCUAGAAUUUGCCAAUAUAAAUGUCAAUACCUGCCUUGUAUUUUCACAGCCUUUACAUUCCAACAGUUUGUUGUUCUGUGUUCACU